AUGAGUUCGAUGAUGGACGAGUCCCAGGUUCCUAUGACGGAGUAUGAGCAGAUUAAAUUUAAGAUGAAUCAAACGACUGACGAGUCACUGGAAGCCUCUCGACGGAUGAUGGCUUUAUGUGAGGAGGCCAAAGAGGCAGGGAUUUCUACACUGGUCAUGUUAGAUGAUCAAGGCGAACAAUUGGAUCGCAUAAAUGAGGGUAUGGAUCAGAUUAAUCAAGACAUGAAAGACGCUGAGAAAAAUCUGGAUGAUCUAAACAAAUGCUGCGGACUUUGCGUAUUGCCUUGGAAUAAAGUUAAAAAGAAAGAUGAUUAUACCAAACAACUAAAGGAUGAGGAUAUGCGGGGUGGGGACGGACCUCGAAUAAUUGUGGAUCAAAACGGCAUGGGUCCAACUGGUGGUUAUAUUACACGUCAACAAGGUGAUUUGAUCGUAAUUGAAAAAAAUUGAAGUAAUCAGAUUGAAAUGGACACCAGUCAGUGAAACUAAUGAAAAGAAUGAUUACUAUGUAUGGUUACCAGUUUUUUCACUAGCCAAUGUCCCAUAGCUUCGUUGGGCAACAUUUUGUAUCCAAAUUACAAAUGAUGCACGAGAGGAUGAAAUGGAUCAAAAUUUACAGGAGGUUUCUGGUAUGAUCGGAAAUCUUCGUAACAUGGCUAUUGAUAUGGGUAGUGAAAUUAAUCAGCAAAAUGUUCAGGUUGAGCGAAUACAGAUCAAGGCUAAGUCAAAUGCUGAACGAAUUAAAAAGGCUAAUGAACAAGCCAGUAAAUUGUUAAAAUAAGUUACAUGGAUUCGUUGAGUUUUCAUCAGAAUAUUGACUGCUGGAGAAAUCCUUCAAUUCUUGGUAAAUUAUUUCUAAUACAGACUUUUCACAGCCACUUCCGUGUGCAUACGUGGAGCUUUUUUGUGAUAGUGCUUCACCAAGCCCUUUAUAUUCAUCUAUUUUGUUUAUAUAUUUAUCACAAAUCAAUUCAAGGGAAGUUUGUGAAAUGUGGAGCUAAAAUUUUUGUUGAUGCCUCUUAUGGACAUGAAAUUUUUGUCAUUCUCAUAUACGUGUUUAUGUUUUCGAUUUGUUUCGUUCUGUAAAGUCAUUAGUUUCCUCUUUUUUGGUGAACAGCCUUAUUCUGAGUUAUCCUUGUCAAUGUUAUUAUUCACUAUUGUUUUCCUCAUUUUAUUUUGGUUCCUCUCAAAGUUGGCACUCAAUACAUCUAUUUCAUCUUCAAAACUACACAUUUCACUAUCCACUCUUUAAAGUUCAUUCAAAGAGUUGUUAUCUAUCCACACAUUGAGGCUUAUCCUCUUGUCAGCUAUGCUCUCAUAUUUACUAACAUUCAUGAUUACCAUCUACUACUGAUGAUUUAUCAAAUUAUUGUACUAAUAAUACAAAGUGAAAUGAAAAAAACUAACCGUGAUUUUAUUACUAUUCUCGCCAUCCUAAAACAAGUUCACUUUUCCUUUGAUUUGUGCUUUUCUUUUCUAACAUACUUUUACGAGAUGUCAUUUUGUUUCCGAACAACUGAUUAUCAAUAUGAGAUAUAAUACAAAGUUGAUUUAUAAAUCAUG